GUUCAUGGGAUCACCGUCUUUACGGAUCGAUUAUUCAUCCUUACCAAGUUAGGGUUGUUAGUUGGAAAUAAGGAGUUGGUAAAGGAGAACCCGAACGUUGAUACACAGUUUGAUGACCUUGAAAAAAAAAAAAAUUAAAGAGGGAUCACUAGCUCUGCUUCUACUUUUCUCUCCUGCAGGAGGCAGUACUUCACAAAUGGACAGUUAAAUUAGUUAUAGUCCUAGUUGGGUGCGUCCUGGGGAGCCAUGGCGUCCAGUUGGUCGUCUGUCUCGCAUCGUCCCUCCUUCCUGAGAAGCCUAUCCCGCUAUCUCUCUUCUUCCCCCACCAUUUGCCUCUCUCCCCUUUCCCCUUCCAUCCCAGUUGAAGAGCAGGAAGAAGAAGAAGAAGAAGACAAGAUCACGGACAAAUCGUAUUGGUCCCGGAAGAUUCAUAGCCUCUGCCUUUCCGGCGGCGUGGAUGAGGCCUUGUCUCUGAUGGGUCGCCUUUACCUGAGCGGGUUUCGCCCUGAUUCCUUAAACCUGAGCAGCAUCAUCCAUUCCCUCUGCAACUCGUCUAGGUACGCGGAAGCCCACCACCGCCUCCUCUUCUUCAUGCACAACUCCGGCUGCAUCCCAGACGAGCGCACCUGCAAUGUUCUACUCGCCCGUCUCCUGGAUGCCAAUUCUCCAUCCCUCACGUACCCAGUUUUCAAAUUUUUGAUUUCUGUGAAACCACAUUUUGUUCCGUCGAUCACCAACUACAACCGCUUGAUCGAUCUCCUCUGCCGGCACGGCCGCACCGGGGAGGCCAUGGACCUCUUCCUGGACAUGAAAAAGAGGGGCCAGAGGCCUAAUGCUGUUACUUAUACCUCCAUGAUCCAGGGAAUUUUCAGAUCAGGUGGGAUUAAAGAUGCGCACCAACUAUUUGACGAAAUGAUCCAACAAAAAGUUAUUCCGAAUUCUUUAACGUUCAGUGUUCUUCUUCGAGGGCUUUAUCGAAGCGAGCGCAGGGUUGAUGCUGGGAGAGAACUGAUGUCCAGGAUGUGGGGUAGGAUGAGCGAAGAAAGUGAUCGUUCUGUAAACUCGGCGGCUUUCAGUAAUCUGAUUGAUGGGUUAUGCCGAGAGGGGUUUUUCCAUGAGGUUUAUCGGAUUGCUGAAGAAAUGCCUCAGGGAAAGAAUGUUCCUGAGGAGUUUGCUUAUGCCCAGAUGAUAGAUUCACUUUGUAGGGCUGGGCAAAAUCAUGGGGCGUCUAGAAUUCUGUACAUAAUGAGGAAGAGGGAGCUACUUCCUAGCAUGGUCUCCUAUAACUUCAUAGUUCAUGGCUUAAGCAAGCAGGGAGGUUGUAUGAGAGCCUUCCAGUUGUUUCAGGAAGGGAUUCCGCUAGGCUAUGUGCCGUCAGAACCAACAUAUAAAGUCUUGGUUGAGGGGCUAUGCAGAGAGUUUGAUCUUGGUAAAGCUAAGAAGCUAUUGGAAUUCAUGUUGCAGCAGCGAGGAAUUGAUAAGACUCGCACGUAUAACAUCUUCUUGAAUGCCCUCUGCUUCUCGGAGGACUCGACUGAACUCUUGAACGUCAUGGUAGCGAUGCUGGAGAACGGAUGUCAGCCAGAUGUCAUCACCCUAAAUACUGUGAUUAAUGGCUUGUGCAAGGCAAGAAAGGUUGAUGAAGCAGGGAAGGUUUUAAAUGACAUGUUGGAGGGGAACUUCUGCAGUCCUGACGUCAUUACUUUUACUACCGUAAUUUGCGGGCUUUCAGAUCAAGGAAGGACAGAUGAGGCCAUGGACCUUUUAAGGAAGAUGCCGGAGAAAGGCUGUAACCCAAGUCUUGUAACUUACAAUUCAGUUUUACAUGGCUUGCGCAUAUCUAAGAAGACAGGUGACCUGUUGAGAUUUUUUGCUGAAAUGAUGAGUAAUGGUGUUUCUGCUGAUAGUACGACCUUUACCAUCAUCAUCGAUGGACUGUGUGAAGCUGGCAGGCUCGAUGAAGCUAAGAGAUUCUGGGAAGAAACAGUUUGGCCUUCCAAAAUUCAUGAUGAUUUUGUUUACGUUGCAGUCUUGCGAGGAAUGUGCAAUGCAGGCAAGUUAGAGGAUGCAUGUAAUUUUCUUUAUGAAUUAGUAGACGUAGGCGUUUCUCCUAAAGUUAUCAGUUAUAACGUGCUUAUUGACAAUGCCUGCGAACUUGGUUUAAAGCGAGAAGCAUACAGGAUUGUGGCCGAAAUGCGGAAGAAUGGUUUAGUUCCUGAUGCGGUGACCUGGAGAACACUACAGAAGCUGCAUGACAACCACAAUAGAAACAAUGUUUGCAAUUUCAACUUCCCGAGUGUGGCAGGUAAUUCUACAGCGGAAAUAAAUUCGGAGGAUGAUGGAUCUCUGUCGUUGUUCAAGCACGAUAAAGGCAGCGAAGAAGUAAAUUUUGAAGCCAUAUCAGAAAGAAGCGAUGAAAGGAAAAAUCUAAACGUUGAAAAUGAUGAAGUUCUAUUUGAGUGUAACAGUGACAUGUUUCAUGUGGAAGAAGAAGAAGACAUUAUGAAGGAAGAAAGCCUGGAAAGCAGGACUUCAAACACGGAGAAGAGAUCAACUGAAAACAGGGAACCUUUAUCGAAGAUGGCACGAAGGGUUUUUGGACUGCUUUAGAAGAGGCAUGAAAGGCGUCUUAGAUUUUGCUUCAUUCAAAGUCUAAGCCGUUCGUUUGGAUCAAGUCAUCAAACCAAAGUUCGUCAACAAAAGUUGGGAGACGAGAAACCUUCUCAGAUUGUAGAAAUAGGCCCAGAGGUGUUGGUCUGUUUCGUGGACUAGGCUUAACCUGGACAUAAGCCACCAGAGAAGCUUACUUUCCCCGCUCAACUCAUUUUGCACGAUCAGACAUAAUCAGCCUGAAGCAACACAACCAAACUGUGAUACGAAAUGUUGGGUCACAUCUCAUCCAGAAAAUGAAGAAAAACGGAACAUCGAAUCAGAUGAUUCAUAUAUUCUCCGCAGAUGCCAUGGUCACAGUCUGGACAUGAAAUGGGGCGCUAACAAGCUGGCUCAUACAUUCAAGAAUAGAAUUUAGAGCUCUCUCCUUCACUACCACAAUGAACUUUGACUUGAUAAUGAUAGGUUCUUCAUCAUAAUUACCCUUUACAGCAGCUUCUAAGAAAGGGCCUUCUCAUCUAUCAUAUGCAUGUUACAAAAGACGGUCACCAACUAAUUCCGUUAUGGACCAAUUAGCCAAGUUGCUCAAAGACGCAGCGCACUGCUCCACUUACUGAGAAUCUAUGUGAUCUCAGCCGACGUGAUAUCAAACCAAGCACCGGCGGUACGGUGAGAUGGCCACGAGGAUUCCUUUCAUGUAGCGGCCUGUGCAUAUACAAGUGCUCAUCCACGACUAGCUUGAACUCACCUGUUGAAAUUGAGAAUCAAGAAAACUUCAUGGUGCAACUUCUCCACGUUCCAAGGGCUAGCAAGAAAAUGCUACCAUUAAACCAGGUAAUCAUUUUGAAGGGGAAGAUUUUGCUCAUUGACCAAUAAUAUUCAAAGCCCAUGCUGCUGUAUCUAAAGUCCAACUUCGAAGCUGCAUGUGCAACUCAUUACAAAUUUUGCUAAUCACUCAGUCGCAGCUGCCUGAACAAUUGAAACAGGUAACAUCACAAACAACGGGCUUUAACUUUGCCGGAAUAACUGCUGCUCAAUCAAUGUAAAAAAAAUCUAAAGGUUUAACAUGCA